AUGAAUUUUAUUUAUGUAUCUUUUUUUUUAAUUCUUAAUUUUCUCUCAGUUACAAAUGGACUUGAAUGUUAUGUAUGUGAACAACAAGAAGGAAAUGAUGAUAAAUGUGUAAAAACUGUUCGUAUGUGUCAACGAUAUGAAGAUACAUGUGCAACUUUAAUUCUUUAUACAACACCUCAUGAAUGGACACCAACUCUUGAACGUCGUCAUUAUAUAUCAAAAGGUUGUGAUACACGAGAUUCAUGUACUCGUCUUCUUUAUGGUUUGGCAAGUGUUUGUACACGUAAUUGGUAUGAAGAUUGGGCAUGUGUUGAAUGUUGUCAAGGAGAUCGAUGCAAUAGAUAUGUUGUUCUUGGCUCAAAUAAUAUACGUGCAUCAUUAAUACUUCUUGUUUUGAUGAUUUUUAGUAUAUUUUUUAUUCAUUCUUCAGUUUUUUGA